UGUCAGCACGCAUCGAUAAGUUCCCAGCGUGUUGUUGCAGCGUCAUUCUGUUUGAAUGAAGUUCAGACUGAGAACUAGCCAACUCUUCAUUCGCGCCCCGGUGGAUUGAAACGGGAAAUAACAAAGAGCUGAGGAAGUAAAAAGAUCGCCAAACAUGCCGGUGUUUACAGUAAAUGUGAAAUGGGGCAAAGAGAAGUUUGAUGCAGUAGAGCUGAACACUGAGGAACCACCCAUGGUUUUCAAGGCUCAGCUCUUUGCCCUGACAGGAGUUCAGCCAGACAGACAGAAGGUCAUGGUGAAGGGAGGCACUCUGAAGGAUGAUGAAUGGGGUGACAUUAAGCUGAAAAAUGGAAUGACUCUGCUGAUGAUGGGCUCCGCAGAGGCCCUGCCCGAGGAGCCUGCUGUCCGGCCCAUGUUUGUGGAGGAUAUGACUGAGGAGCAGCUGGCCUCCGCGAUGGAGCUUCCUUGUGGGCUGACAAACUUGGGCAACACUUGUUACAUGAAUGCCACAGUGCAGUGUCUGCGCUCUGUGCCAGAGCUCAAAACUGCUCUCAGAAGGUAUUCAGGUGCUCUGCGGUCUUCAGGAGCAAAUGCACCAUCACAGUACAUCACAGCAGCCCUUCGUGACUUGUAUGAGACCAUGGACAAGACGUCAUCUAGCCUGCCGCCCAUUAUUUUGCUGCAGUUCCUUCACAUGGCCUUUCCACAGUUUGCCGAGAAGGGCGACCAGGGACAGUACCUCCAGCAGGAUGCCAACGAGUGCUGGCUGCAGAUAAUGAGAGUGCUUCAGCAAAAGUUGGAACCACUAGAGCCAGAGACUCCCAUGGAGACCGAGUCUGAGGUUGGUGCUGCCUCUGCCUCUACAAAGAAGAACUUAAUUGACCAGUAUUUCGGCGUAGAAUUCGAAACUGCUAUGAAAUGCACAGAAUCUGAGGAGGAGGAGCCAAUCAAGGGAAAGGAAAGCCAGCUUCAGCUCAGUUGCUUCAUCAACCAAGAAGUAAAAUACCUUGCAACAGGACUUAGGCUGAGACUGCAAGAAGAAAUAACAAAAAUGUCUCCAUCCUUGGAAAGAAAUGCUCUGUAUAUAAAAUCUUCAAAACUCAGCCGCCUCCCUGCCUACUUGACUGUUCAAAUGGUCCGAUUUUUUUACAAAGAGAAGGAGUCUGUCAAUGCAAAAGUCCUUAAGGAUGUCAAGUUCCCACUCAUGCUGGAUGUCUAUGAGCUGUGCACCUCAGAAAUCCAGGAGAAAAUGCUGCCAAUCAGGUCAAAGUUCAAGGAGGUCGAGGACAAGAAGCUAGAGAAAGAUCAGAAAAAGGUCGUGAAGAAGCCUGACGCAAAAGCUAAAGAAGUGAAAUAUGAGCCUUUCUCAUUCGCUGAUGACCUCGGUUCCAACAACAGUGGCUACUACGACCUGCAGGCUGUGCUGACACACCAAGGCCGCUCUAGCUCAUCAGGUCACUAUGUGGGAUGGGUGAAAAGGAAAGAAGAUGAGUGGGUUAAAUUUGAUGAUGACAAAGUGAGUCUGGUGUCUCCAGAGGACAUCCUGCGACUGUCGGGUGGCGGGGACUGGCAUAUAGCAUAUGUUCUACUGUAUGGCCCCCGGCGGCUGGAAAUACUUGAAGAACAGUAGCUGUGGAAGUUUCCUAGAAGACAACAUCCAACACACAUACAAAAUGCCAUUUCCAAGCACUGUCUGCAUAGAUGUGCAAUAAAACUGGUGUCUUUAAAGAUUUGAUGACCUUAAUUUUUUUUUUUUGUUUUUGUAACCAACAUGGAUGCUUGUAAAACAAAUUCUGUCAAAUGGUGUUAAAUAUUCAAGUAAAGUGGGCUUUGAGAUAUGACGGGAGGCAAUCUUUUGACUGGAUCCUCGAAAGAGGAUUUAACGUCUAGCUCUGCAGUUUCAUUAGAUGUUUUAUACACAUUGUAUAUUUUUUAAAACCUUUGAUAAGGUGCUCAUAUCAUAGAAGCAAAUAUUUCUCUUUAGUCAUUUAAUCAACUUGUACAAAAACAUCUAGCCAAACUGUUGCCCUUGACAUUCUGGCUUGUGUUCUCUCAGAUGUAUUUUGGAGAUUUUCAUUGUAAAGACCUUGUUCACCUGUUUGCCCUCUGGGAAUCUCGGGUUCAAUCUCAGGUCUUUUCAAGUGCUUGGCUUGCAUCAUCUCCUGGAAUUGUUCUCAAAUGUAUUGUCAGAUGAGUUUCUUUCUGCCAAAUCUCCAUUGAUGCUUUUUUGGGGGAAGUGUGUCGGGUUUAGAACAGGUUGACCUUGUUAUCAACAAUGAGUGGUUAAAGACUUGAGAUUAAACCGUGAUGGUUUUACGUGACAAGCCUUGAACAUUUGUUCUUGCCGACACUGACAUCUACACCUUUAAAAUGCUAUGCUUCACUUUGUUUCUCCUCGCAGGUCUCCUAAAAACCCUGCCACAAUGUGUAAGACCUAACCAUCAACAAUCUGUAAUAAGUUAAUGACUGAUUGCUUUUCAAAGGUGGUGAAAAUAAACUGUUAUACCAA